CACUUCCUGCUGUCGUCGUUAUGGGUUUUUCCUUUCAUGCGCGUGGAUGACGUUUCUUACAUAUAUAUCACUGCCAUGUUUGUAUGCCUUCAUCAGAUGUAUUCAAUUAGAAUUUCCACGUCCUCCGGCUGAAGCGCUGCGACCUUGGGUAUUAACUCACAUUUGGAGGAAUAUUGGUUGCGGGGUAGUUUAGCCUGCAUACGAUAGGCCUACUACAAAGAUUGGAUUGUGAUUUGGUGGUUGGAGUUUUUAUUUUCGUUUACGUUACCCAGUUGAUACAGCAGUGAGACGCAACAGCGAGGGACUGACCCUCGUAUUUGUAGAGAUAUGGAUGAGAGGUCAUGUGUGCUGUCCAGCUAAGGGCCUUGGUCGCCCCUCUCCCUCGCUGCAGGUCGUCGUGAGCAUGUACCGUAGGAAUGGUCUCUCGGAUGGCGCCAGCAUUAACUCCGCCUCCUCAGUGGGAAGCAGCAGCUCGGACUCUCUGGAUGGGCCGGGCUUGGAUUUCUCCAAGAGUUACGAUGCCGUUGUGUUUGACGUGCUGAAGGUGACGCCCGAGGAGUUUGCUGGUCAAAUCACAUUGAUGGAUGCUCCAGUAUUCAAAGCAAUACAUCCAGAGGAGCUGGCUAGCUGUGGAUGGAACAGGAAGGAGAAACACCGACUGGCGCCCAACGUGGUGGCGUUUACACGGAGGUUCAACCAGGUUAGCUUUUGGCUGGUGAGAGAAAUUUUGACUGCCCAGACACUGAAGAUCCGAGCAGAAAUACUGAGCCAUUUUGUUAAAAUAGCCAAGAAACUGUUGGAGCUGAAUAACCUCCACUCCAUGGUGUCUGUGGUGUCUGCCCUGCAGAGUGCUCCCAUCUUCAGGCUGAGCAAGACCUGGGCGCUGAUCAGCCGGAAGGACAAGACCACGUUUGAGAAGCUGGACUUCUUGACAUCCAAAGAGGACAACUACACGCGCAUGAGGGAGUACAUCCGUUCUCUCAAGAUAACACCAUGCAUCCCCUACCUGGGCAUCUACCUAUUGGACAUGAUCUACAUCGACUCGGCCUAUCCGGCAUCGGAUAGCAUCAUCGAGACAGAGCAGAGGACCAAUCAGAUGAACAAUUUGCUGAGGGUGAUCUCUGACCUGCAGAUGUCCUGCAAAUAUGAUCACCUGGUGACCCUCCCCCAUGUUCAGAAGUAUUUAAUGUCCGUGCGCUAUAUCGAGGAGCUUCAGAAGUUCGUAGAGGACGACAACUUCAAGCUUUCUCUGAAGAUCGAACCUAUGCACGGCUCCCCGCGCAUGGCCUCAUCCAAGGAAGACCUAGCAGGUCCGUCUGAUGUGUCUGCCUCUGUGAGGUACAACUACCGGCGACCCACCUGUCCCGACGCCUCGGUGAUGGUGCACAUGCCCACGCCUCCCCCCUCUCGCCACAGGAAGAGCCAUAGCCUGGGCAACAAUAUGAUGGCGUAUGGCAUGGUGGAGAGUAAGAGCGCCACGUUCCCCAUUGAGAAGCCACGCCACCUGUUGGAUGACAGCUUCCUGGAGUCCCAGAGCCCAGCUCGAAAUGACCCACACAGCAUGGCCAUAUCUAACGGGAUGUCUUUAGGCAGCAGUGAAAGCUCAUUCGGCGAGGAACUCUCGCCAGGGAUGGAAAGGGGACGCAUGUAUGCCACUCUGGGCCCCAACUGGAAGGUCCCUCUACGUAAUUCACCUCGGAGCCGCAGCUAUGUUUACAGCCCCUCGGGUGCCAACCCGUGCAGCGAGGUGGCCAGUGUUACUAUCGAGGGGCCCCUUCGGAGGAAGACCCUGCUGAAAGAGGGACGAAAACCCAAGUUGUCAUCGUGGACACGCUUUUGGAUCACUCUGUCUGGUUCGACGCUGACGUUCUACGGGGCCAAAGCCUUGAGGGCCUCCGAGAGGAAGCAUUACAAAUCUUCAGCCUGUAAGAAGGUGUGUGUAACGGGCUGGAUGGUUGUCCUACCUGACGACCCGGCUCGACCGAACAUCUUCCACCUCAACGACCCGGAUAAAGGUAAUGUUUACAAGUUUCAGACGGGAUCCAGAUUCUCUGCAAUCAUCUGGCACAAAAACCUGGAAGAGGCUUGCAGGAGCUGUAGACCUCAGAUACCAACCAAUCUAAUGUCAUUUGAGUAGUGGACAACAAGCCAGCUUGCCCAGUGGGGAGUUAGUGCCAAGCCCUUUUCUAUGGGAGUCUAACAAACUCUCAUAAAAUGGUGGAACAGAGGAAUUGGUUGGAAUUCUAUGAAAUGAGUGGUGAGGAAGUGUGUGUGUGUGAUUCUACAGACUGGGGCAGAUGCUCUUUACCACUGGGGACACACACACACACACACACACACACAGCAGCGUUUUAGCCAAGGACUAUGUGCGAUGUCUCUCUUUCCAGAGCAAGGAAAACAAAUAUGUAAAGCCCCUGUUUCGUGUCAAAGCUUUCUCGCUUGUCAUCGUUUGUUACGCUGCUAUAAACGUUCUGAGCAAGCUCAUAUUUCUUUGGCCCAUGUUGGGUUUUGCUUAGAAGAAAGGAUUAAAAAAAAUACCUGUAAAUGCACAAAGACUGACAGUGUUAAGAGACCGUGAUAAGGGGGCUCGGGGACCAGCUACUUGGGCCCUUGGAGUAUCAGCACUGCCAUGGCCCCCUAACUAUUUGAGCCAAUGUUUCAGACCACAUUUACAUUUAAGUCAUUUAGCAGACGCUCUUAUCCAGAGCGACUGUCGACUGGACACUUUGCAAAACACACGCUAGAUUGAUGCUCAUUGUCGACCCUGGUCCUUGCAUCAGGCAGCGGACUGAUACUCAUCGUCGACCCUGGUCCUUGCGUCAGGCAGCGGACUGAUACUCAUCGUCGACCCUGGUCCUUGCGUCAGGCAGUGGACUGAUACUCAUCGUCGACCCUGGUCCUUGUGUCAGGCAGCGGACUGAUGCUCAUCGUCGACCCUGGUCCUUGCGUCAGGCAGCGGACUGAUACUCAUCGUCAACCCUGGUCCUUGCAUCAGGCAGCGGACUGAUACUCAUCGUCGACCCUGGUCCUUGCGUCAGGCAGCGGACUGAUACUCAUCGUCGACCCUGGUCCUUGCGUCAGGCAGCGGACUGAUACUCAUCGUCGACCCUGGUCCUUCCGUCAGACAGCGGACUGAUGCUCAUCGUCGACCCUGG